CACAGUUGUAGAACGAGGAUCGGAAGUAUCGGAACUAGAAUCCUUGGUUCAGAUGCGAACUACUAUAAUCGCGCUUUAUGGAAAAUAUUGAGUCAUGGACAAGGAAGAUAUUUAUUUCAGAAUUAUAAAACAAGAAGAUAUCUUUUCUCAGAGGGAGACGAGUUUCAAGGUGAUCGUGGUUGUGAAGGAGGGACGGCAGAAGCUCCACCUUGUCUUGGAUCUGACGCUAAUUAUGAUAAUCGUGCUGUUUGGAAGAUCGUCCACCAGGGAGAAGGAAAAUAUCUUAUCGAGAGUGUGGUGAAUUUUCGAUAUGUGCUUUCGUAUGGUGAGCCGCCUGUUCGCAUUAAAGGUGGUUGGGUUGGAUCUCCAAAAUGUGUUAUGACUGAUGGGAACUACGAGAACCGCGCUCUUUGGGAAAUGAUUAGGAAUUGA